AGUCUAUCCCCCCAGACUUGAAGAGUGAUUCUUUAUAGAAAUGGCAGGAGCCACCAAACCUCCUGAACACUUGUGACACAGAACUGAAGAAUGUGUAUCAUUUUGGGGAUUCAUUGUUAGAGGAGCACAAAGAUAAAAUGAGUAGGCUAGCAGCAGAUGAAGAGAAGAAGAACCUUGGCCUGAUGUUGGAUUGAACUUGGACUCAACAGGUUCCUUAUGAAGACCACGGUCAUCAAUCAAAAUGCAGUUCAACUCAUUCUAGCAUCUACUCAGUCAAAAGAAACAAAGCUGUGGCUGAAGCAAUUGCAGUGUGGAAAGUUUUAGCUGAAAAAAACAGCAACAGUGGCAAAAAGGAAAAUGGAACUAAUUGUAAUCACCGAGACGUCAACAAUGAACGUUCACUUUGACGCAUGCAUCCAGUUUUAACAGCUUGUUUGUGUCUCUGCAGACAUAAAAAAAGAUCCCAACAUCAGGAACAAGUAAAUGGUAAAUUUUCAAUGACAUCCUGGAUUGCAUCGAAGGAUUAUGCUUCUUCUGUCCAUUUUGAUUCGUAAAUGAGCCAGUGUUAUGGAGAGCUUGUAAGAAACUCCGUUGAAAGAUGAAGCAGCAGCUGCAUCACAAGCCUGUCGAUUGCCGUCUUAUUGUUCAGCUACAUACACCACAACGACUCUUUUAAGAGCCACAUCUUGAGAACGUCUUUGACUUUCAGCUACAUACACCACAACGGCUCUUUUAAGAGCCACAUCUUGAGAACAUCUUUGACUUUAAAGUUCUCUACAGUCAACCACACUCACUCAACAACGAUAUCCACAGUUCACACUUGAUCAAAACCAAGGUUGUUCCAGCUAAAAUAAAACAACAACAAAAAUAACAUGUACCUGAUAGUGGAGUUCGUCGGAGAAGGGAGUACCGGUCCUGUAGCAAAGUCCUGGUACUCAGAUGGCCACUCAUGGUGGCCUCCAUACAAAGACUUGGACCGGUUACUAAAGAGCGUCAGGUUGAUGGAGGCACCACAGCCAGAUAAGGGUUGGACCAAGCAUCAGGCCAGAAUUCUACAUGAGUCGGCAUCAUUUGACAACAUUUCCAAAAAAUGGAAAAGGGCAUGCUACACUUCUGACAUCUCAGAAUCUGAAAAUUCUAUAAAAAGAAUUCACAAAAAGAAAACAUUCUCAUCAGAUGAUGAGCUUCAUGAAACCCCCAACAAAAAAGUUAAAAUGAAUAGAGACAAAAAUCCACCUACACCAAAAAUCCAGCCCGCACCAAAAGUCCCGCCUGCACCAAAACCUCCAGCACCUCUAAAAUACAUCAAGACAAAAGGUCCUGUUGUACGACCUCUGCUUACAACAAGCAAAGCAGUGAACUCUUUCAGCAAUUCAGCAUUUGUUAAUCACCACCAAAGGGCCAUGGAGAAGCCAGAGCAGGCCCGUUUUGAGACUUUCCCCAGCUGUCAAGCUCCAGAUGUUCCCAUGAGCUUCUCCCAGGCAGAUGAGCCACAAGAUCAUUGGGGUGAACACUCACCUGACAUUCAAGAGAAUGCAUUUUCUUUGCUGGGACCUUCAAGUUCCAAGCAAGAAAGAACACAGCACCGCCAGCUGGAAACUUGGGAAGAACACCCAUCUAUCACUCAAGAGAACAAAUUCUCUGCCUUAAGACUCUCUCAAGACCAAAGACUAUCAAACACACAACAAGGAAGAAUGCAAACUGUUCCAGUGAGCUUGUCCAAUGAAAAUGAGCAAGAAGAGGCUUGGGGUGAACACCCAUCUAACUUUCAAGAGAACACAAUCUCUGAACAAAGAUCCUCAAGUACUCACCAGCCAAGAACAAAUAGUGCUUCUGGUGUGAGACGAUGGAGCUGCAUCACUAAUCAAUGUACACCUGUUGAGAGGACAAUUCUGGAGGCACUUAAUGAACUGGACAUGAAGAUCAAUCAUCUGACUUCAGUGGUCCAGUCCCUUGCAGCAAACAACCGUUCCAGUGCUCCAGUGGUGGACAGCGAGGAUGAGGUCUUUCCUCUCACAACCAUGGAGGAACUAGACAAACUGGAAAGAAAAUUAUCAGAGAAAGCAAUGAUGCAAAAGAUGGUGAACAGCUUAUCCAUCAGUGGAGGACACACACUGAAGAAAACAAUAUGGAGAAUAUGCUCCAAGGUGUUUGGUCCUGUAGCCAAACAACUAAACUGGUGUGGUAGGGGAGAAAAGCGAGGGAUCAGGAAAACAAACAUAGGAGCACUCCUAAUAGGAGCAGCUAUGAAGAAUCCCGUGCUUCCGUCGCCAACUGAAGCAGAGGCUGAAAAACACAUUAAGGAUUAUCUCCGCUUGGCCCCAGGGAGAAUGCCUUGUUAGUCAACUUGAUUUUUUGUUGUUUGUUUGGUUGGUUCAGGAUUAUAAUAAUAAUAAUAAUAAUAAUAAUAACAUAAAUGACUGCUUAUUUUCAUUCACUGUUAAUAAAAGGAUACAAAUCA